GAUGGCGCGCACACGCUCGAAGCCGGCGCCGGCGGCAACCACGACGGAAGAGCAAGAAAGCACCCUCGAAUCCUCCUCAACGACCAAAUCAGUUCCACCCAGCGAAGCAAACCCUCCGAAGCUGUUUCUCCUCCCCAAGGAUACCUCGAAAGACUCGCGCAUUGUCACAUUGGAUAAUCCUGCAACCAGCGCGCCGUCACGAUACUACUUCUGCCCCGAGAAGGGAUUUUACGAAUUUACACGCAUAGCGGCGCCCAAGAAGGAUUGCAGAAGUUGGCUAGUUACUUCGGAGGAGAGUUUGAGUAGCAAUGAGGCUGGUGAAGAACUGAAUUCGGAUUCCAAGGCGGAGCUUGGAACUGGCUAUGUAUUGCAAACCGCCAACUUCUUCAUCGCGACUCCCAUCGACUUGCUCUUUCUCAUACUGCCUGUUCUUGCGCCAAAGAACGCUAAAGAGACGGAACAGCACUAUCUAGAACUUUUCGAUCACCUUGAAGCUCUUUCAGCAGCAUCCAGGCAGUGGAAGGCCCUGCUCACACAGUAUCCGAGUCUCAAGGUCAUGGUUGAGAAGAAGUUGAUAGCCAUCUGCGAUGCAGUUUCAAUGGGAGGUGAAUCCAUGUAUCGGAUAUCGCAGGAAAAGCUGCUUGCGAUAUUGCUAAAGAAAGCAGAGCGGGUGUGUAAGAACGGAUUACCACCAUCGUUGGAGAACAAAUUCAUCAAAACCGCACUCGAAGUGCCCAUCAUGAACAUCAAGCGCGAAGAGAGCAAUCUUACCGUUGUCUCCGAGACUACAGGAUCUCAGCUGUCGACAACUACGGGCGCAGACUCUCAAGCCAGCACUGAAUCACCCAGCACAGCUGCUACAAGCGUCACUCAUGAGGAAGUUGUGAAGGAAGAGAUUACGUCCUCCCCGUCCUUUGUAACACCGCCAGAGAUACCACAUCUUCUCCGCCUACGGACAGCUCUAACAUAUUUGACAUCCUCAUACCUACCAUCUACUAUCAGAACCUCCAUAAAUUCAUUCCUCCAAACGUCUUCAUUGGUCGACUUUGAGCCUUUAACAGCACACCUCGCGCUAGUUGCCAAACUGCGCUCCGAAGCUGCUGCUUUGCGGUCCAUAUCUGACAAUAUCAGUCGAAAGCGGGGCCUGGAGGAGGAUGACGAGAAAAUAGCGGAACGAGAAGAGAAAAAGCGAAAGAAAGAGGAGGAGACAUUGAAGAAGAAGAAUGAGAGUCGUGGCAUCAAGCAGCUGAAGAAGGUGGAUACCAGUGGGAUGAAAAAGAUGAGUUCUUUUUUCACCAAGUUGCCCAAGAAGACGUAA